AUGGAAUUAGGUCGACAAGAAAGCCAGGAAGAUGGAAAUCGAUUCUGGCGGGAAGAACGAGAGGAGGGGGCUGUAUAUAUGGUUUAUUUAAAACGGGUAACCUACAGGUCACAUGAUCGGCUGGAAGAGGGAGAGAAGUUUAUGUCCCAUCUGAUGUGGGAGACGAUGAAAGUUCGAGUUAUAAAAUCAGGAACGUUAGAGAAACUGGUGGAAUGUAUGGAAACAUGUCAAGGUGACCUUGACUCUUCACAUUUAAACGUCUUCCUGUCAACAUAUCGCACCUUCGCUACUCCCGAACAAGUGUUAAAAACCAUCAUGGAUAGGUAUAUAAUGUUAAAAUCUGUCAGUAAAGACGAUGAUCGAAGUGAUAUGGUGGAAGAACAACAGAAAACUAUUAGAUCUGUAUUAUCAGUAUGGUUAGAUACUCAAUCUGAAGAUUUCCGAGAACCCCCUGACUACCCCUGUCUUCUAGAUCUCGAAGAUUUCGCUAAGGAAUAUAUCCCAGACAGUGAUCUUGCUCUCAGAGCUCGACAUAGGCUGGAAAAAUUUCAAAAAGAAAGUAAAAACUUAGAAGCCACGAUGUCUAAAAUGCAGAUUGAGAAACCAGCAGCUCGUCGGAAUUCUCGUCACCAACACAACGGAGAAACAGAACAUAUAGACUUUAAUCAACUUUCAAACCACCUAAUAGCACAACAACUGACUUAUAAAGAUGCUGAAUUAUUCCGUAAAGUUGUUCCACAUCAUUGCCUUGGUUCAGUCUGGUCUCGAAGACGGAAGAAGGGAGGUGAAGAUCCAUUAACUGUUGCAGCAACGAUUCAAGAAUUUAACAACGUAUCUUUACGUGUCAUAUCUACAAUACUCAAUACUAAAGGCAUGAAGACGUCUCAUCGAGCCAAAAUACUUCAACGAUGGAUUGAAAUAGCUCAAGAGUUACGUGAUCUCAAAAAUUUCUCCUCACUUCGUGCCAUAAUUUCUGGUUUACAGUCUAGUCCUGUUUAUAGACUGAGAAAAACUUGGUCAGCUUUACCCAAAAAUGUAAUGGUGCUAUUUACUGAGUUAUCAGAAAUAUUCAGUGAAGAGAAUAAUCAAAUAACUUCGAGAGAAUUACUCAUGAAGGAAGCCACGGCUAAAUUUCCUGAUAUUGAGUCUCAGAAUAAAACACUUCAACGUAGAAAUCAACUCAAACGACAAUCCUGGAUUGAAAAUGGAAUAGUUCAAGGAACGGUGCCAUAUUUAGGAACGUUUUUAACAGACUUGACGAUGAUUGACACAGCACUUCCUGAUAUCACAGAUGAAAACCUCAUUAACUUUGAAAAACAUCGUAAAGAAUUUGAAGUUAUUGCUCAAUUAAAACUGCUUCAAUCAGCCGCUCAGAUUUAUUCUUUUAAAAAAGAUGAGAAAUUCUGGGUCUGGUUUGAAUCUGUUAAAAUUUAUUCUGAUACUCAAAGUCAUGAUAUGUCAUGUGGUAUUGAACCUCAAACUGAAAGUAGUGCUAAAUUAAAGAAAAAAUCAGCCAGUUUGGGACACAGACCUGUAAAAUUUGACAGCACCAAGUUCGCGUUGUUUGCUUGUGGGUUAGAAAAUCGUAAAAGUAUGUCCAGUAUACCUGAUACUCUCUCGGCAGCUCUAACUGCUCCUAUUAUAACUACUCAUUAUCAUUCAUCAGCCUCGUCCGUGUUAAGUUCUGAUAGCGGAGAGACGACAGGACAAUCUCCUAACUCAGCCUCUCCCUUCAGAUCUUCUGAUACCUACGUUAUUAAAGUUAGUAUGAAUAAUGAUCCAGAAACACCUGAUACUCAUGUCUAUAAAAGUAUUAUGCUAACGAAUACAGAUCAUACUCAUAAUGUUAUCAGUAAAGUUUUAGAGAAAUAUUCUAUUGAAGCUAAACCUGAAGAUUAUAGACUAUUACAACUUCUAGAAGAUGGAGAAUUAUUAAUCCCAGAAAGAGCCAAUGUUUUCUACGCCCUGAACAACUCCUCGGAUUUAAAUUUCAUUGUAAAAACACGAGAAGAAUAUGAGAGUUCUACGUUAAAACGUCAGAGACGACGUCGGUUUAAAAAACUUAGUUUAUAAUAGUUAUAUUAGAUAGAUAGUUUAAAUAGUAUAUUAUUUGACAACAAUGGCAAAAUUUCCCUCAGUGCAUACUGCAUCGGGUUGCUGAUCUUCAGUAGUUCAGUAGAGUGUAAAACCCAUUUUAUUUUAAACAUAUAGAUUUUUACUGGACAUCAACCAAUUCAAUACCAACUAAUCAACCAACUAUUAAAGACACUGAUAAAAAUAUUAGUUUAAUCUUGAAAGACGAUUUUAAACCGGAUAUUGACCUGUUGUGAAAGUUUAUACCAGUUCCGAACAUAACUAGAGAUGUAUCCUCUCAAUUCAAAUAUAACUACAAGUCAAGUCCUGGGAAUUAUAAUAUCACAAUAUUAAUAUCUCACCAGUAGACAACUUUAUUAUAUUCUUUGUUUUUAUUUAUUAUUUAUUAUUAUUGUAAAUAUUUUUAAGAUUUGUCUGUAAAUAUUCUGAACUGAGUUUGAGUUAAUUAAUAUUAUUAAUUAGGAAUAUAUUUUAAUUAUUAUUGAAGUGU